CACCACCACCACCAGCAUACCUUUCGAAGACAUUUGAAGAAUGCGACUCGGAAGAAUUUCCUUACUACCCACCGGCGUACGUUGGGGACGUGAUGGAAAGGCCUGCAAUAGCUCGUCGCCGUGAACCCAAGUCUGCUAUAUAUAGGUAUAUAAAUCCGUUGGAAUAUGAAUACUGCUCUGACGAGUCCUCCCUGUCAUAUGCGUCUUUAGAAGAAGAGGCUCAAGCUAAAUCGUCGUGUGCUCCGACUCUACCUGCUGAGACACCCAAAAAGACCCGCAAGACAGUGAGAUUCUCCGAGAACGUUAUGGUACAACUUAUAUCUCCAAACAAAACAACUUCUUCAUCCGAACCGUCCUCGCCCGAAAUAUGCUCGCCCGAUUCAUCUUACGAACAGCCAGCAUUGCCGUGUCCACCCGUCCAUGAGCCCUUCACCGUGUACUCAUCACCCGAGCCAUCCACAUCAGCUCAAGCCCAAGAAUGGCUGAGGAGAAGUCAAGCCCAAAAUUGUGUCAGCCAAUCACAACCAGGAUCUUACACGUAUGAGUCGCCCCAACCGUCUACAUCCACAAAGGGCAAACCACAUAUAACAACUGAAUUCACUGACACAGGUUCAAAGAUUUCUAUAACAACACGCGAUUCAACACCAUCCGGUACUGUAAGCCAAACAAUUACGCUUUCUCAGGAAUCUGCACCCAGAGAAAUGACAGACAGUGAACGGAUGUCAAGGUAUGGAACAAUGCGGAAACCACCAAGGACAGCGUCUACAUACAGGCCCCCGCUGGUAGAACUUCCACCAGAAAAGCCACGCUACCAAAGAACCGAACAGACGAUAUUCGGACCCUGUUUACCGGUUACGUACGGUUCAACUCGACCAUCUCUACCGAAAACAGCUGCAGGUAAAUUCGCUGCGGUAACCGGUAAAUUCACACCGAGAGCAACAUCCUCUCCGAGACCGUCUCCUCAACCCCGUCCUCCAAGAAUUUCCACAACCGCAGAGAGCGGCCUCGGUUCCUGGAAUACCGGGAAGAUCGGCCCAUUGUUCUCGAGGAACUUCCCAAUCAAGAGUGGAUGCUCCAACACCUACCCAAAGACCACCUCCGAGACCUAUUCAAAGGCCUAACCCAAGAGCUGCUCAAAGUCCUUCUCAAAGAGGUACCCAAAGUCCUUGCCAAAGAGCUACUGCAACAAGGCCGAGUCCUCAAUGCAGGAGAGAAUCUCAGACUACUCAACAAAGAUACGCAGGAACAUCCAGAGAAAGAC